AUGAUAUCCCACGACUCGAAAAUCAUAAUCGUCGGCGCUGGUGUGUUCGGCUUGAGCACAGCCUUGUGGCUCGCUCGUGCUGGGUACAAGAACAUCAGCGUCUUCGACCGAUGUGCAUUUGACGUGAACUAUUACAAUCCUCUGGAUGGAUGUGACGGAGCCUCUGCCGACAUUAAUAAGAUUUUCCGCACGGGAUACGGAACAGAACAAGAGUACCAGGCACUCGCAAUUGCGGCUCGAGAGAUAUGGCUCGCGUGGAAUCAAGAGAUCAAAGAGAGUUCUCCAUCUGAACUUCCACCCGGCAUUACCCCCGAAGACAAGGUUCUCGACCUAUGCGGCAACUUCUUCCUUGCGGAAGGGCCAGAGCUCAGGGUGUUUUACAAGGAUAGUCUGUCUUCGAUGGAGAAGACCGCACCUGAAUCUCGCGCUCUGCAGUUCGUCAAGGGCAACAUCGAGGACGAAGAACGUCUACGUAAGAUUGAUCCAAGAUGGGUCAAGACCUUCCACGCCCUCGACGGCAUCAAUGACAACAACACGAACGGUUUCUUCGACAUUCAAGGUGGAGUGACUCUCGCCGACAAGGCCUGCACCUACGCUCGCUUCCUCUGCGAGAAAGCUGGUGUCAAAUUUGUCCUCGGCUCCCCGCAAGGCAAGCUGCAGUCGUUGAUCGUCGAGCAAGUUGGCUCCGAGAAGAAAGUGACCGGCAUCACCACUGCGGACGGCCAGAGCCACCAAGCAGAUAUUGUGAUAGUUGCAUGUGGUGGCUGGACGGCCACCGUCAUUCCCGAAGCCCACCGCACCGUCGAGACCACAGCCGGCACGUUAAUGUUCAUUGACGUGCCCAAGACCCGAAAAGAUAUAUGGGACAAGUUCAACUCCAAGAACUUUCCGGCAUGGUCGUACAGGAGGGGAGAAGGUGACGAGACUUCCAGGUACUAUCAAGGAGGAGGUUUCCCAAUAACACGUCAAGGCCGUCUGAAGUUCGGAUUCCGUGGUCGAAAGUUCACCAAUUUCCAAAACCACCCUACGGCCCCAAACCUACGCGUGUCGACUCCUCGAACAAAGUACACCGAAGAUACCAUCAACACUGUCCCAUUGUACGGUCUCAAGCUCGUGAAGGAGGUCAUUGGCAAAGCCUUCCCAGAACUAGCCGAGUUCGGCUUCACCGAUACCAGGUUAUGCUGGUAUACCGACAGUAUCGACAACAAUUUCGUUAUCGACUACGUUCCGGGAUAUACGGAUUCCCUAUUCAUCUGUUCCGGCGGCUCUGGUCACGGAUUCAAAUUCCUCCCCAUACUCGGCAAGCACGUCAAGAACCAGCUCGAGCGCGUGCCCGACCAGUUCACUCACCUGUGGAAAUGGCGGGCUGCCGAGCACGACAAAGAGUGCAAUGGCCUUGAGCAGGGCGAGUCCGGUCCUAGGGAAAUGUCCAAGAUCCAGAUGGCUGAGCGUAAGGAAUCCCAACCCCCUCAGGGGUCCACGGCACAACACUGUCCUACAGGCUGA